UUUACAUGCAGAGAAAAUAUGGCAUACAGUGAUGGAUCUCAUGUAUAUUUGAAGGGAUUUUUGGUGGGAUUUAUUUAUUUACUAAGGCUUGGCUGAGGGAUAACCUGUCAAUUUCAAAUUGUAUGGUGUUGAUUUAGUAGAGACCUAGUGACUAGCUGGACAGCUAAAGAUGGCUGGGGGUGUUCGUAUUGAAAUUGAUCUUUUUUGCCUCCAUGAGGCGAAGACAGGACUGGGGUCUAACAACUGGAGAUCUGAGCCGGAGGGGGGUGACAGGGCUGCUGGACAUUGCUGCACUUUGGGGUAAUCAGGACACUGCUGCGGCUCCGCAGAAACUGGAGACUAUAUCAGCUCAGGAAUGGGUGAUUGCUGCAGCUCAGCAGAAUGUUCUGGAGACAGCUGUAGCUCAAAGAGUUCAGGAGUGGACUACUGCAGCACAGUGAGUUCAGGAGUGGACUACUGCAGCACAGUGAGUUCAGGAGUGGACUACUGCAGCACAGUGAGUUCAGGAGUGGACUACUGCAGCACAGUGAGUUCAGGAGUGGACUACUGCAGCACAGUGAGUUCAGGAGUGGGCAGUGAAUAUACAUGUAAUGGUCACUAGUAGGCAUUUCUACACCCUUUUUUCUGAGCAGCAAAGGACAGCCAGCAGUCAUGGCAUCUGACAGAUGUGUGGAUCUUACCCAAACCGCCGAUGUUGUAGAAUACAUAGAUGGCGGCUGGUCAACGCCGUUGAACUGGGGGUCUAUCCUAACUCCUGCUCCUCCUCUAUCUCUGCUGGCCUGCACACCUCCACCGCCUCCGACAUCUCCGCAGACUCCUCCAGAACAUCCGUCAUCUCAGCCAUCCUGGUCACUUCUAUCAUCCCCGCAGUCCUGGGUACCUAUCCAAACACCACCACCUCCUCUGUCUCUGCCUCCUUCAUCUCUGUUGGUCCCUACACCUCCAGCAUCUCCACCACCUACCGACUUACAAGAGGCAAGCGGAGAUGUGGUUAGUGACCAGACGGACGAUAUGCUGUUGGCAGUGUUCAUAGAUGGCGUGAAAACAGUUGUCUUUCAUCUGCUCAAUACUGUUUUGUACAAGUAUUGGGAGGAGAUCUGCUACAGUUGUCAGAUUAAUCACCCCAGCCAGAAACAUCACAAGUGCGUGUCGGAGAUCCCUGAAUGGUUCUAUGAGAGCCACUUUGAUCAGCUUAUGAAAAGACUCUGGACCGACACUUUAGUUUUAUUCCGCCCUUCUAGCGCUUCUUGAGUUCAAAUUACAUCCACGCAGAUGAAGCCCAAGUCCAAGGUGUUGCAGAGACUAUUCUACAUGAGCUGAAAUCAUCAGAGAGGUUCUUGGAUAAAAUCGAAGAAAUGUAUGACACCAUGAUCGGUGAGGACUUUGUCAAAGUAGUUCAAAUUCGCAGGGUUGGUGACUAUUGGAGAGGGUUAGAAGAGUAGAAAGAGUAUUGGAAAAAAUUUUACCUUACCUUGUAUUUUUUCUUUAUGUCAUGGGAAAUUGUUUGAGAGGACUGUUUAGGGCCAUCAGCGUGCGGUACAUUAUAUGUGAGCUAACCGCCCUUCUAGAUCAGGCAAUUGAAAUCAACGAUAUCACAAAGUACAAAAGUAAAAGCCAAGUCAAUCCAUCUGAUGUCUGUGGAUUAGAAAAAUUGAUGGAUGUAGUAAGAGCUCAGUCUUGUGCAACGCCGUGGGAAGAGGUGGUGCAACAGACUAUAACAAUUAUGCAUUCCACAAAUGAUUUUAAAGCGAUAAAAGCGCAACGCAUACUUAUACUGUACACAUUGUUUGUAGAUGCCAUAAGUCUGUAUGAUCAAGAACAACAAUGAUGCGACAUGUGUUGCAAAAGAUGCACAUUUUCAUAAACAGUAAAAUCGGGAUUCCUGUUUAGCUUAAACCUUGCAUGUGUUAAAAUAUUUUUCAUAGUCUUAGUGAUUAUUGUUGUGUGUAAUAUACAUAUUUAUAUAUGUCGAAAAGAUGUUUUUAC